AUGACGAUCAAUCCCGAUGAGCAAGUAGAAGGCCAGUCCCGCAAAUCCGUCGCCUUUACCGACCAGAAGCUCGUAGUGGACGCCGACGGCUCCGUCACCAUGGUGGCCGCUACCGAGGACCCCAAGGACACGGCGCUGUCCCACACGCCUCGUACGCCGCCGUUGUCUGCCGCUCUGGGAGCCUUUACUGACGCCGCAGCCCCAGCCGCCGGCGACGACGCCCCCCCCGCCGCCGAGGACGGCGGUCUUGACCUGAGCCUGCUGAAGAAGAAGAAGAAGAAGAAGGUCAAGGCCAAGGAGGCCGGCGAGGAGGACGACUUUGCCGCCAAGCUGAAGCAGCUCGAGGUCAAGGACGCCGAGGAGGCUGCCGCCGCCGCCGCCGCCGCCGCCGUUGCCGCCACCGAGCACGAGCACGAGUCGGGGGACAUGGACGCCGGCACGGGCAUCUGGGCGCACGACGAGACCAAGGGCAUCGGCUACAGCCUGCUGCUCCAGCGCUUCUUCCACCAGCUGUCGCAGAAGAACCCCGACCACACGCUCAGCGGCACCAAGAGCUUCAAGAUCCCCCCGCCGCAGUGCAUGCGCGAGGGCAACCGGAAGACCGUCUUUGCCAACAUUGCCGAGAUCUGCAAGCGCAUGAAGCGGACCGAAGACCAUCUCACCGCCUACCUGUUUGCCGAGCUGGGCACCAACGGCUCCGUUGACGGGAGUAGGAGACUCGUCAUCAAGGGUCGGUUCCAGCAGAAGCAGAUUGAGGGCAUGGUCAGGAAAUACAUUAUUGAAUACGUCACCUGCAAGACGUGCAAGUCUCCCGACACGGAGCUGAGCAAGGGAGAAAACCGCCUCUACUUUGUCACCUGCAACAACUGCGGCUCGCGACGCAGCGUCACCGCCAUCAAGACUGGCUUCUCGGCCCAGGUCGGCAAGAGAAAGAAGAUGAAGGCGUAG